GCGAAUCUUAAAAGCGGUUGUAUAAAGGUUUUGAAGUCGAAACGACGCGACGUUUUGGUUCAAAUUUGCCACCUAAAUUCAGUGAAAUAUCAAUCCUGCCUGUAAACCUAACAACAAAGGUUUUGGUAAAGGAUUUCUAAAUAUAUUUGGCCAAUAUUUCGCUGUGUUUUUGGUAGACACGCCUAUCGUACUCCCUUAUUGGCCAACGGUACAAAACCACACUUCACCCUUACUGUGGGCGACGUAAAAACUAAAAUCGCUUGGCGUUUUGUUGCGGGGUGAAGCUAGGAGAACGUCACAAACAUCGCACUGAAACAGUCGGUUAAACAUCGUGCCAGUGCGGUGGCAAGCCACAGUUCAAACCUCGUUUAGACUUCGUAGUGUUCGGACGUGCUUAGAUUAGACCGCUCUUCUCUUAGUAGCCGCGUGCCUCCGCGAGUUCGAACUUUAGAAGUGUUCUGUGUUCGUAAUUUGAAUUUUUUUUUGUGUUUCUCUUAACAUGGCAGUGCCGUUUAAUAUGCCAGAAGAUCAAAAUGAAGUGGAAGUUCUCCUAAUGCAGCUUCAAACACUUCUGAACAAACUUCAAAUUGCUGUUCGUAAAAAUCAACAAUUGACACAGCAACAGUUAAGUGUGCUUCCUGCAUCAUCAACUUCGUCGACACCCAGUAAUAGUCGAGUUCGCCAUUCUUCAAAUAAUGUCAACAACAAUCAGCCCCAACCAUCAUCAUCACAUGCCACUCCUCCCCCUGAUCUCUUGACAAGCUUAUCUUGGCUAGCUGGUACUGCUGCUGGAACUUCAACUUCCGCUUCUCCUUUGACUGCGAUUUCCAUACGAUCUCCUCGGCGUAGAACAAUUUCCGAAACUUCCAACACCGAUGAAACCAAGAUCUCCAUAACUGCCAUUGUUAAACAUGAUUAUUGUGCUCAAGAUUUCAAUAAGAUUGAUUGUGUGGAUAGUGAAAUAUCCAGAGAAAUACCAACUGACGGACUUCUAUCCAAAAUAAUGCCUGCAUCAGUUUCCUCCUGUUCUCUAAUGACUGCGAUGAUUUGCUUUGUCGGCUGGCACAUAUUUCGGGCACGGUAAACCUCGAUGAACUUUCAGAGGAUACUUGCACAAAUUCACCCAAAGCUAAAGUGAUUGAAAAAGUAUAGAUAAGGUUUUUUUUUGCAUCAUAUAUAUUAUGUUUUCGCUUUAUGUUGUUUUUCAUAUUAUACUUUCGGUGUGUUUUUAUUUCCAUUUAUAUAGUAUUCUAUUCAUAAAUAUAUAACUGAGUGUUAGGUUAACUUUAGGGACUUAUAUUUAAAUAAAUAUUUUCCAAGCAAAUAAGAAAAUCUUGUGAUUGGGUGUGGUGACAUCUGCCUAUAAUAUCCACACAAUCGUUGUUAUGUAAUAUGUAAAAAUUCAGAUUUUAUAUUUCUUGGAUUAUGUUUUAUGGUGAGCUAUAAUGUUAUACGCAGGUCAUUUGUGAAUUUAGGGCAGUUUGCACAAUAAUCACUAUCAAUACUUACAAAUUUGCGAGUAUAAGUACCAACAGAUUUUGAGAUAUUUGUUGAAUUGCAAGUUGUCCUAACCAAAAAUACUGUGUUCCAAAGAAAGGAAAUUAAAUCAAAGUGUCUGAUCUCAUGCAGUUAGAUCCAACUAAAUAAAAUGGGUCUACACUCAGGAAUUUUUAUAUUUGUAUUUAGGGGAAAUUUUUGUUUUGUUCUUAAAUACCUACCUACUUUGUAUUACGAGAAACAUCAAAUCGACUUUUGUGGAUUCAUCAAUUCUUUUGGGUUAUCCUUUCCAAGCAUAAGUUCUACAUUUUGGCUUUUAUAAUACACUAUAAAAAAAAUUGUACCGAAAUAAAAUGCAGUUCGUUCGCUCGUUUUGCUAAAGUAGGUAAAUUAAUUAUUUGUAUAUAAAGGUGAUUUUUUUUCAACAGCUGGAUUCAAAAGAGGUAAAGAUGUGAUAAUUUCGUAGUGCCAAAAUGGCAAUAAAUUUGGAAGUAUACAAAAAUAAUAUUUAAUAUCCUUCCUUCAGUUGAUAUUUUAUCAGCUUUUCAUAUUAGUUUUCUGAACACAUUAUUGACUUAAAUAUCAUUUUGCUUAUCAAACUUUUAUUUCAUAAAUGCAGCAUGUCUCAGGACACCAUGUACUACCAUUUCACCAAUUUUUCAAACUUAUCCAGAAUAUUUUAAAUUUAGAUUAUUGGGCUCUCCACAAUGCCUGAUUCUAUCUUGUCUGUAUCUAUGAUUUACUAUAUUCUUGUACAUUUUUGUUUGAGGCAUUAUUACAAGAAAACAUCUAAUCUUUACCGCUAAUGAACCUGCCAAAAAAAUUGUGUAUAAAACGGUGUGGUAAAGGCAUCUUUGCCACUCUUCGAAAGGUUUUCAAAUGAUCUCCGUAGUUAGAAUAGAGGUGCGUGGACUGUCAAUUAUGACAGCUCGCACUACAGGAUAAUUUAAAAAAUUAAUUCUGCCAAUGUGUUCAAUAUAAAAAUUUGUCAAUUUAAUAUUUUUCUAGCAAAUUUCCAUUGUUAUUAUAAUCUAAAUUUUUAGGAUGGGUAAUUUUUUUUUAAAUUGUCCUGUUAGAAAUGUAAAUAGUAAGGUUGAGUCUGCAUUAAAAGUAUAUGUUACGCAAAGGCUCGGCCUCAUACAACGCGUGUUAUAUAGCUUUCUACUUUUUUACUAGCAUUAAGUUCCAUAGUAUAUAAAAUGCAGAUAUUUUUUGAACUAAAGCAAUUAUAUCUAUUUUAAGGUUUAUUUUUAAUUUUAAAAGUGGCUUCUUCAAGGGAAGCUACCGCUAAAAUUAGCUCUUCAAAGCACCUCUGUGAUUACGCCUAAAUGGCAAUUAAAUAUGUAAAAGAGGCUUCCCUUCUUUUGGGACUUUUACAUAUUCUCCUGUUUUCGAUGAUCUCUCAUGCAUUUGUAACGGAAUGUUUUUUUGUAGUUUUAUUAUCCCUAGUCAGUAUAGUCGUUGUUUUUCUAUAGCCAUGGCUAGGUUUUACUUUAUUUCUGUACGUCUAAGUUAAAAAUUUUGAAAUAGUUGUGUGUUAUUUGUUUAUUAAUUUUAUCAUCAUGCUAUAAUAUAAUAUGUAAUUAUUUGCCGAUUGCCAUAUGACUUGAUUGCUAUUAUAAAUACCUAAUAUAGAUCCAAUAUAUUGUAAACCAUCAGAUUUUUAUUUUCUUGCUUCAUGUUGUCCAGACAAAAAAAAAGUCAGUUUGAAAUAUUUUUUUAGUGGCCAAUAUAAUUUGGCAUCACAAAGUUGACAUCGAUUGCCAAUGGACUAAUAAUAAUAAUUCUUCUCUACGUUUUUUAGUCAUAAUUGAUUUUUUAAACAUUGGGUCACAGCAUAUAAGUGAUUGUUUUCAAAGUUAAUUCUGGCCAUCUUUACCUGACUUGGACCAACAAAAAUGACCAUUUGGGCCUGUGAUAAUAAAAGUCCAAUUUGGUUUAUUUAUAAAUUUCUGACUUAAAAAACCUUCCACAGUGCGGUCCAAACCAAAAAGUUUGCAACACUAGAUAACAUCAUUAUGGGAGUAGCAGAGAUAACCUAAGGCAUUGUUUCUACGUCAUGUUCAAACAUUUUGAAAGAGUGUGCUUCACAAUUUCGUCACGUCUUAAGUGAGUUUUACAUGCUGCAAUAGCUCUUGCAGUUAGACAGUGCAAGUGCAAGUCAUUGCAAGAUUCUUUCUGCAUGAUUUCUUGCGGUUUGGUUUUACAGUGCUCAAAAUCGUUCAAUCCUAUUUCUUUACCUUUGUUGAACCUGUGUAUAAUAAACUUAAUUGUAUAAUUUUAAACAUUUAUAUUGAUGGGAACAUUGAUGACCAAAAUUACCAAAUUUUCCCCCAAAAAUACUCUUGCAUUUGCAGGAAUAAGUUGAUAGUGCGAUAGGUCUUGCGACUUGCAAUCAGCUGGGCUUCAAUUGCGCAUGCCUUUUGCAAGAUAUCUUGCGAUUUGGGAACUCUUGCAGCAUGUAAAACCACCUUUACCUAUACCUACAUUUGAUCCUUUGCUCUGCUAAUAUUAUAUUUUUAUAUAUGUGUUGUUAACUCUAUAGAUCACACUGUGUUUAAUUGCAUAUAUGAAAAUGUGAAUGUUUUAUAUAUUCAAUACAUACAUAUAUUUAUAUAUUACCUACUAUAUUUUUGUGAUUUACGAAAAAGAUUCUUUAUAUUUUUUUGGUUCGCUGGCUCAUAUUAAAUUGUAAAUUUGUUUGUGAAAAAAUGACCCCAUGGUGGGCCAUAAUAAACACACAUCUCUACCUAUGUCUUUCACAGUAUAACUUUUUCACUUUUAUAUAGUUGAUUUGAAAUAAAUGUAAACAUGCCGAAAGAUA